AUGAGGUAAGUAUUUUUGUGUUUUUUUUGUUUUUAGUGCUAAAUAGUACCGUUGACGUUAUUGCUGAUAAUGAGGGGUGUGACUUUUGUGAAUUUUGAUGGAAAAUUGGGUAUUUUAGCUUGAAAAUUAGCGGAGAUAAGAUGGCUUUAAGGAUGUGUUUUUAACUGGAUUUCGUUAUCCAGGAUUAUAGUAAAGUAAUAAACAAAGUUUUAGUUAUUGAUUUUUGUCUUAAUUGUUAUAAUAGGUUUGUGUAAACAUAACUCUUGUUGUUUUAUAUUAUUUUUUGUUAGGUUUUACAAUUUUCUCGCUAUUUUUGGAUAGGUUUGAGAAGACAUUAACUUAUAACAACUAUUAUAAUGCAGUAUAAGUAAAAAAGAUGUAGAGUAUAGGGUAGAACACUUUACUUCUACAAUAUUUUACUUAUUGAAAUGUUAAUAUUGUGUUUUUUUAGUAAUCUUCGGCUACAAAAGCGUUUGGCCUCCGAGGUCUUGAAGUGCGGUAAGGGAAAGAUCUGGUUGGAUCCCAAUGAGGUUUCCGAGAUCUCCAACGCCAACUCCAGACAAAACAUCCGCCGUUUGGUUAAGGAUGGUCUGAUCAUUCAGAAGCCCAACAAGGUGCACUCCCGCUUCCGUGCUCGCGAAAAGGCUGCUGCUCGUGCUAAGGUAGGUUUAUUUAUUGUUUUGGGUUUUUAAGUAUGAAGUGAAAUUUUUGAAACUAAAACAACAUUUUUAUUGUGGUUUUUUGAAAGUUAGGCUAGUAUGGCCUAUUUUGGGAAUUUUUUCGAGUAAUGUUGGUUAUAAUUGACAAAUACACUGCUUUUUCACUGAAAAAAGGUUAAACUGGUGUUUUAUAAGUUUGUUUUUCUCGAUUUCAUAAUAUGUUUAUAAUGUUUAUCUAUGUUGUUUUAGGGACGUCACACUGGUUUCGGUAAGAGAAAGGGUACCAAGAACGCCCGUAUGCCUGAAAAGGUACUAUGGAUGAGGAGAAUCAGAAUCUUGAGACAUUUGUUGAAGAAGUACCGUGAUGCCAAGAAGAUUGACAAGCACUUGUAAGUUUUAUUUAAAUUCUUGUUAAAAUAGACAAAAAUUUUUGAUAUUUCGAAGAAAAUAUUGUAAUAACAAUGUUUUUUAUCUAUAAUUGUUUUUUUAUUGUAACUUGGCUGAAAUAUUGUAAAAAUGAUGUUUCACUGUUUUUCAGGGAAUAAUUUAUAUUUUUGCGAAAUCCAACUGUUUUUAUUUUUUUUAACUCUUCUAUUACAGGUACCACGACCUCUACCUUAAAUGCAAGGGUAACACCUUCAAGAACAAGAGAAACUUGAUGGAAUACAUCUUCAAGAAGAAGUCCGAGAACGCCCGCUCCAAACAACUCUCCGAGCAAGCCGAUGCCCGUCGUGCCAAGAACAAGGAGAUGCGCAAACGACGAGAGGAACGUCUUGUCAUCAAGAGAAAGGAGUUGCUGCGCAAGAUUUCGGAGAGCGAGAAGGACCCAAAGAAGACCGAGAAAUAA